GGGAGACCAGAUAUAGUGAAUGCAGGGUCCGGGGAUAGCGGAUAUAGUGAAUGCGAGGUCCGGGGAGACCAGAUAUAGUGAAUGCAGGGUCCGGGGAGACCAGAUAUAGUGAAUGCAGGGUCCGGGGAGACCAGAUAUAGUGAAUGCGGGGUCUGGGGAGACCAGAUAUAGUGAAUGCAGGGUCCUGGGAAACCAGAUAUAGUGAAUGCAGGGUCCGGGGAGACCGGAUAUAGUGAAUGCAGGGUCCGAGGAGACCGGAUAUAGUGAAUGCAGGGGUCCGGGGAGAGCAGAUAUAGUGAAUGCAGGGUCCGGGGAGAGCAGAUAUAGUGAAUGCAGGGUCCGGAGAGGAGAGCAGAUAUAGUGAAUGCAGGGUCCGGGGAGA